AUGAAAACUCCCAUGGAAAAGAUGCAACGCCUCAAAUGGCUUACUCCAGCUCUCUACUUGCCACACGGACUUUCCGGCAUCAUCUGUCUCACCCUCGGCCUUGUGCUGACGAUCUGCUCGAUCAUCGGAAAUUUCACGCUAGUCAAAAGCUGGGUCCUCUAUGUUUUCAUUUUUUCCGCCCUGGUCAACGCCAUUUCCGGAAUCAUCCUUACCCGCUCCACCGCCGCCCUCGUCAAAAUCUGCUACCAGCUUGGAGCGCUUCUGCAACUCGCAUUUGCUUACCUUUGCUUCCGACUUCGACCAGAUGAGCUACUCGUCCCCGUUCCCGUUGAAUACCGACACAUAACUGAGACCGUUUUUCAAUUCGCUGAUACCGCCAUGUUCGGAACCCUGAUGAUCUGCAAUUGCCUCCUCUUCUGGGCCGGUUGGACCAACAUGCGAAGAGAUAACAAGCUAAACAAAUGGUGGUUUAUCCUCGCCGUCGGCGGAACUUCCAUCCUUGUCCUGAUUAUUUCCGCUUUCCCAUUCCAGCUUUGGCAAGGAGGAUCAGAAUGGAUCGAGUGCGUCCAAGAACUCUACCCAGCCCAGCGACUGAGCUUCACGAGUUUUGUCUACGUCCCAACAACUUGGAUGUUUUCAAUGAUGUUUUUCGGCAUUUCGCUUUUGAAAAGAAAAAUCAUCACUCCAACUCUUUUCGCGAUUAUCUUUGGCGCUGGAAACUUGUUUAUCUUCCUCCUUGUCAUUUUGAUGCAAGAAAUUCACCUGCCAAACGUCGCGACUCAGAAAACAAUCCUUCCUUGCCCGUUGCCAGAGCCAGAUUCGAACUUGGGCCGCGUGGUGGAGAUGUUUGAUACUUCAGCGAGUUUACAAGCACUUUUUGAAAAAUUCUAA